AUGGAUCCGGCCACCAGGGACCAUGCAGAGACCCUGUUGCUAAAGGCUGCCCGCGCCUACGGGUUCCAGGUGAGACGUGAAGAGGUCCAGAGCGCCAUCGACGACCCGCACCAUGGCACCGCCUUUGCCGAGUGGGCAACCAAACAUCUCAUCUCAGAUUGCCUCUUGUCUGUCGAUGAGCUCGCCCUGUACGCGGAUCUGGACCGCAGUGGCCAGGUCGACAGGCUGGCCGCCUUGCAUGACCUGGCAGAGGUGCAAGCUGUCGACGAGGGGGACUUGAGACUGGCUAUCCAAGAGCUCGAGCAGUCCACGCACCGCAUUUCCCUGCAAACAAAGACUCUACGUCAGCAGCAGGACGCCUUGUCCCGUCUCGUCGGCAAAGAUUCCGAGAAUGAUGCCAGGAGGCAGGGCUUGGGUGAGGCCAGACAGCGCAAGGUGGAUGCAGAUCGGAGACUACUUUCAAUUGAGGUCGAGGAACUAUCCCGAGACGUGGGGUUCAGGCUCUCCGAUGCCGAGCUGCAAUGUCGAGAUGCCUCGCCCAACAUCAGCGAGAUCAUCGGCGGUCUGUUCAAGUCUGACGACAAGCUGCUCUCCAGCCUUCAGAAGCUCGGCUGGGAGCUCCACCAACCCAGCCCGGACGAGCAGCAGACGGUCGACAGGCUGCGUGAAAUCUGCAGUAGGCUAAUCAAGAUCACGGUGCAGACCGUCCGCAUCAAGCUCGACACGGUGUAUCUCGAUUCCCUCGUCACUGCUGAGCGCUCUGGCCACGUCAAGCCCGCCACGGUGGAAGAGGUCAAGGCUCUCGAGGAAGAGGUCGAGUCACUCUACUCGGAGAUUCUGCCAGUCACCCAAAUGUCCGUGGAAAAGCAGCACCUCGAGCCCGCCAUCAAGUCCAUCACGGCAAAGACUGGCAACAGUCUAUGCCGUACUACUGAAGCACUCGCAUAUAUCAAUGACUGCCUGGACCAUCUGUUGGAUCGAACAGCUCGCCUCCGCGCACACAUUGCAGCUCUCCGUUCUCACCAGGCUGCGACCGUAGCGAUUGCCUCGAUAGCCAGAGCUGAGAUUGCCCAGGCCACAUCACCGCCGAAGCCACCGGGAGCCGGAUUCCCCGCCUCUCCGGUCCGAAGGCCAUCGCCUGUGCGCAUUGGUGCCACCGCGACUGGCGCACACGGCCGACACAGGUCUUCGAGCAUCCAGGACCAACCGGCCAUCGAGAUGCUCGUGCAGAACCUUGGCUUGUCUGUGCCUUUUCUCAGUACGGACGAGGGCACGAAACAGGUAGAGUUUCUGGCUGGUGUCUUGGCAGAUCGAUCGCAAAAGGCCGCCGAAGUCGUACGCGGCGCUCAGGAAAGUUUCGAGAUGAGCAUAGAGUCGCAGCUACAGGACGGCAAGCUCGCCGUUCAGCUUGUCCGCGACGGCGUUUUCGCCGAGAGUCCGUUUGGCGAGGUGAAUCUGGUGGACCCCGAGCUUGAGGAAUCUAUCUUGGUGCUCGAGCAAGAACUUGGGAAGGCCAGGGAGCGGCUGCGCGCGGUGGGCAAGCUGAAUCUCACCGCCAAGAGCGAGAAACGAGACGAGAUUUUGCGGAGAUUUGGGUAA